AAUUGGUUCUUUCAGAGGUUAGCUGCAGGCUUUUUAGUUCCUAAAAUGUGUGCGCUUUCUGAUAGCAAAAGCGAAUGAAAUUGAUCGCAGGGAGUUCAGCUUUGCUGAUUAUAGCAGCUGCAGGUGCCUCCAGUACACUGCUUGGUGGGUGAGGCCUCAACCCUAGCCCAAACCAACCUCUGUAUACUGUUGCAGGGUUUUUCUGUGUUCCUCCAUCCCUUUAUUAGUAGACCGUUUACAUUUAAAUUCCUAUCUUUAUUUGUUCCUUAUUUUCCGGUUUUGGGGUAUUUUCAUUAUGUAAGCGGAUUGUAAAAAAAGUCAAGGAACCAGCUUUUCUAUUUUAUUUUACCACUACGGAAUUUUCUUCUAUGCAUAUUGAGGCUGAUAUGUCCCUGGCACUACAGGUUUGAAAUGUAUAAUUCAGUUAAGUGCUUGACCUGAUUUCAUCUUUUGUAGGCAAUGCAGAAGGACCAUCAUGAUGGUAGCAAUCCUGUUUCCAGGGCAACAAGCAAGUCUACACAACGUGAAGUUACCACUCCUGGAGAGCAGAGGUCUGCACCCUGAGACGAUGUGCUCCUGAGUUACAUCUUCUGUUUUCCAGUAACAUUUGCAAUUAGCCAUAUUCAUAAACAUCCCGAAAGAUAAAAUUAUUUUGAAAACCCUGAAGAUAAUGUACAUUUGGGGGCACAAAUGAGCAUUUGGAUUAUUUUUUACCAACCUGAGAGAUCAACAUGAUGACACAGCCAGAGCAGUGAUGGUGAGUCAUGGAGGAUAACCAGGAAACCCACCCCAAAGGGGACGGUGAUUUAGUUUCUGAUGAAAUAAAUUCUAAAACAGAAGAGAAAGAGGAUGGAAUUCCAAAUCACAGCUUGGAAAGAAUGGACUUUAAAAUUGAACAGGAGGACAGGAAGGUAGCUGACAGUGGUGAUGAACAGGCAGAGAUCAGAGAAGUGAGCUACAGCUGCAAGCCCCCAGGGAAGUGUUUGCCCCCCGACCAUGAGGACGACUAUGGGGCCCUGUUCUCGCAGUACAGCAGCACGCUGUACGACGUCGCCAUGGAGGCUGUGACGCAGAGCCUCCUGUCCAGCCGCAACAUGAGCUCCAGGAAGAAGUCCCCAGCCUGGAAACAUUUCUUCAUAUCCCCUCGGGACAACACGAAGGCAGUGUGUGUGUACUGCAUGAAGGAGUUCAGCCGUGGCAAAAACGAGAAGGAUCUGAGCACAAGCUGCCUCAUGCGUCAUGUGAGGAGGGCGCACCCCACAGUGCUUAUCCAGGAAGAGGGCAGUGUGUCUGCCUUGGCCUCCCUCUCCUCCCCUGCACUGCUGCUCCCACCACAGCCCUCAUCUGUUGGAGACCUGGGCACCAUACUGUCACCCAUCAAACUUGUCCAGAAAAUGGCCUCCAAGAUCCCAUCUCCUGAGCAAGUGACGGAGGAAUCUGUGUCUGUCGUGUCUUCUGAAGAGGUCUCCUCUGACUUGUCCAUCUCUGAGAAGUACAGCCAGGAAGAAGUCCUGGUGGGGCCACCCGCUCCCCUCCCUACUCCCCAGUAUGAUGACACUGCAGAGAACGGGCCACAGAAGAGCCUUCCUCUUCCAAAGAGCACCUCUGGGUCCCGAAGGUGGUCCGCUGUCUGGAAGCACUUCUACCUGUCCCCUCUGGACAGCUCCAAGGCCGUGUGCAUUCACUGCAUGAGUGAGUUCAGCAGAGGGAAGAACGGGAAGGACCUGGGUACCAGCUGCCUCAUCAGGCACAUGUGGCGAGCACACCGUGCCAUUGUGCUGCAGGAGAAGAGCGGGGGUGCAACCAUGCCUCCCCCCUGCUCUACCUCCCCCACCCUGCUGCACGCACUCCCACCUCCCGAGAGAGGUCCAGGCUGUGUGUCCUCAUCACCAGGGAAGGCGGUCCAAGAGUCCCCCUUGGAAUCAUCCUCCCCACACCAACCACCCGAGACCCUGCAGGCACGUCUGAACCCUGGGGAUGUGCUGAUGGAAGAUGCUGUGCUGUCCUCUGAUGAUUUUGGCGAGGCCUCCCUGGUGUCCUCUCCUGAGAAGCAGCAGGGUGAUGAGUCGAGCCCUCACCUGGUGGAGCCUGGUGCUAUAUUCCAGCAGAAUAAAAAGGUGAUGAAGAGACUGAAGUCGGAGGUUUGGCAUCACUUUUCGCUAGCCCCCAUGGACAGCCUGAAGGCUGUGUGCAGACACUGCGGCUGUGUCAUCAGUCGGGGGAAGAAGGGUGAUGUCGGGACCAGCUGUUUGAUGAGACAUCUCUACAGACGCCACCCAGAAGUCGUUGGGAGCCAGAGGGGCUUCCUGGGGGCUAGUUUGGCAAAUCCUCCAUACACCACCUUGGCGUCCACAGCAGGUUCCUCCUCCAAGGUAACUGACUUGCCAACAGUGGUCACAAAAAGCAGCCCAGUUCUAUUUCCCGCUCACAGUAAAAAGACCUCCAAGCUGUGGAAUCAUUUUUCUGUCUGCUCUGCGGACCCCACUAAAGUCGUGUGCUUGCACUGUGGCCGGACAAUAAGCAGGGGGAAGAAGCCAACCAACCUGGGCACCAGCUGUCUUCUGAGGCAUUUACAGAGGUUCCACAGCAGUGUGCUCAAGACCGAUGUCCCCACGACCACGCUACCCUCUUCUGCAGGAGUCCGUGUGCCCCUGAGUGCAGGAUUGUCAAGAGCCUCCUCCUUUGAUGACACUAAUGAGAAGUUUUACGAUUCUCAUCCAGUUGCCAAAAAGAUAACGAGUCUCAUAGCUGAAAUGAUUGCACUUGACCUUCAGCCAUAUUCUUUUGUAGACAAUGUUGGCUUUAACAGGCUGCUCGAAUACUUGAAACCUCAGUACUCUUUGCCCUCCCCUUCCUACUUUUCCAGGACAGCUAUUCCCGGGAUGUACGAAAAUGUGAAACAGAUCAUUAUGUCACACCUUAAGGAGGCUGAGAGUGGUGUGGUCCACUUCACGUCUGGAAUAUGGAUGAGUAACCAGACCCGAGAGUACCUGACACUCACUGCUCACUGGGUCACCUUUGAGUCUUCAGUCCGGCCUCACUGUGAGGACCACCACUGCUCAGCACUGUUAGACGUGUCACAGAUUGACUGUGACUAUAGCGGCAACAGCAUUCAGAAGCAGCUGGAAUGUUGGUGGGAGGCCUGGGUGACAUCCACUGGCCUUCAGGUUGGCAUUACCGUGACCGACAAUCCCAGCAUAGGAAAGACGCUGAAUGAAGGGGAGCACUCCUGUGUGCAGUGCUUCAGUCACACAGUGAAUCUCAUUGUCAGUGAGGCCAUUAAAAGUCAGAGAAUGGUCCAGAAUUUACUUAGCAUUGCUCGGAAGUUGUGUGAGAGGGUGCUUCGCUCACACGAAGCAAAGGAGAAAUUGGCAGAGCUGCAGAGGGAGUAUGAAUUACCACCACACCAUCUUAUUCAGGACGUUCCGUCCAAAUGGAACACGUCCUUUCAUAUGCUCGAACGGCUCAUUGAACAGAAGAGAGCAAUUAACGAGAUGUCCAUUGAGUGUAAUUUCAGAGAACUGAUCAGCUGUGACCAGUGGGAGGUCAUGCAGUCUGUGUGUCACGCGCUGAAGCCCUUUGAUGCUGCAAGUCGGGAGAUGAGCAGCCACAUGUCCACCCUCAGCCAGGUCAUCCCCAUGAUCCACAUCCUGAACAGGAAAAUCGAGAUGCUGUUUGAGGAGACCAUGGGCAUCGACACCAUGCUGAAGUCUCUGAAGGAAGCCAUGGUGAGCCGUCUCUCCGCCACCCUCCAUGACCCCAGGUACAUCUUUGCUACACUGUUGGACCCUCGUUACAAAGCCUCCCUGUUCUCUGAGGAGGAGGCAGAGCAGUACAAGCAGGAUUUAAUCAGGGAACUAGAAAUGCUGAAUUCUACCUCAGAGGACACACCUGUCUCCAAUGGGUGUGAUCCAGGCUCCCCAUCGAGAGACUCCAGUGGGGAUGACAGCUUGUGGUCUCUCAUGGCCAAGAUCAAAAAGAAAGACCCAAGAGAAAAGACGAAGGUGCCUGAGGCCAUGGUGCUUUCCUACCUGGAGGAGGAGGUGCUUGAACACAGCUGUGACCCACUCACCUACUGGAACCUAAAGAAGUCUGCCUGGCCGAGCCUCUCAGCCUUGGCUGUCAGGUUUUUGGGCUGUCCCCCGAGUAUCGUCCCUUUGGAAAGGCUGCUUAGCACACCCACUGAGAAUGGUAGCUUUGGCCAGUCCAGGCUGAUGAUGGAACAUUUUGAAAAACUUAUCUUUUUGAAAGUGAAUCUUCCCUUAAUAUACUUUCAGUAUUGAAAUCACAAUGGAGCUACCAAGCUAAAGAUGUUGUUGCUCAUUAGGCACCAGCUGGUUGUCACGGCUGGUGACUGGCACCAGUUGGAGCCAAGGAGGACAUCAUACCAGGCACUCUCAGGUCCAGGCUGAGUUCCUUUUCAGUCUCACCAUAAUGUCUACAUGUGCCUUACUCCUAGUCCUUCAGGCCAGAUACCACUGUGUUUUUUAUGAAGCCACUAGAGCAAGCUUGACUUGUCAAUUAUACAAUACGAUGAUUAGGUUUUAGUCCACAACUGUAAAGUUUUUUAAAAGCUGUGGGUUGUCCUGGCCCUUGUCCUGGGAGCACUCCCAAGCCUGUCCCCUUUCUUCUUUCUCCUUCUCAGGUGUGCAUAUCCUAAACUCUAAGGAAUCCCAUGAGACGUAACCAGGGGAGCAGUGCACAGUGGCAUCUAGUCCCAACUGAUGUCCUGAACCUGUCUCCAAGAACACCUUUCUGUGAUUUCCCAGUGAGCCAAAGCAGCGCCAUCUAUUCCCUCUCUGGUUGCUUCUAUUCUAAGCCCUUCCUUGUUUCACUGUCCCCAGCUUUAAUAAACAUACUGUCAAGAUGAUAAAAGCUGGGGUUAGUAACUUGUUAUUCUAGAGUGACAGAGUAGAUGUAAACAAUUUUAUUCUUUAGGCUUUUUAUUAUAUUAUGUAACAACAAAUCAGGUACUGUAUUUUAGUCAAAAAUUGCUUGAAUUAUAACAGAACAGCCUUUGUGGCUGUCAAAUGAAAUCUGUAAAUAGGAGGUGGAGUAGAAGCCAUCCUGACUGAGCAGUUUUUAUCUGCAGCUCUAACAUAUGUGAGGAGUGCAGAGAAUGUUCUGGACGAUACUGUUCAGUAGGACAGAGAGUGGCAUUUGAAGACAAAACUAAACUUAGAUGUUUCAUGGAAUAUCAGUCACAUGGUGGUUGGUAAGAAGAACUUCCCCAUGUUCUGUUUUUGUCUUGAGGUUUCACAUGGUUAGUUAACUGGGAGAUGUCCUGACUAUUUAUAAAGCGCUCCUUGCUGCCUGUUGUCCAGCCAGUGGACAACAUGUUUACAGCAGUUCUGGUGAUUGAACCUCCACGCCUCUGACUUAGUGUCUCUACACUUGAAGCCAUCUUUUGAAAUGUGUGUAUUGCUUCCAUUUGGUCAAAUCACGUAUGAAAUUCCUUUUAGAAGAAGUGGCUUAUUAACAGGGAAGGAGUCGUAAGAAUAGCCUUAGGUAUUUAGAUUUUUUUAUAUUACAAAAGACUCAGCCAUCACGGGUAUUUUAGAGUCCCAGGGACAUCAGGAUGAAGUGGUGUCAGUUGUCAGAUUCUUUUAACAGUAAUAUGUCUUCAGAGUUUUUGCUACAACAUCUAGAAAGUGGUGCAUUUUUAAUUUCACACCAAUUAAGUAUGCUGGGUGAAACAAGUCACUCAUUGCCUGUGACCUUUUAGAAAAGUUGUUGUCUCAUCAAAAUACUGUACCUAUUAUUAAUCUCACUUUGCAUUGACUAUGUUUUAGUGUAUUUAUAAACGGGGAACUCAGUUUCUGAAAUUAAACUUUUUAUUUGCAAUUUUC